AUUGUCAAAUCUAGAGUAGGCCUGGUUACAAGCUCCGCCUCUUGCAUGAGACCGAUACUCUUUAAUUACCCGUGUCUCUUAUCACAUAUCUCAUCUCCCACCUCGCACUGAGCUUUCCUCCUAAGUUCUGUCAUGAGUGCUUUGUCGCAAACUGAAUAGAUCCGACCUAUUUGAUCGCACACGAAAAGGACAGAAGCUUCUUCACAGGUAAUGGGUGAACACGAAGAAUUGACAAUGGUGCAGAAGAAGUCCCAUUCUUUCAGUAUUAAAAGCUUGUUACUCUCGUCAAAAUGUGACAUCCCGAGUUCUGAACACCUGAAGUCAAUCGUUCUUCCCUCGAGCUCGGACUCGGAGAAAUCUAUGGACCUUGGAGACACGGAAUGUCCUUCAUGUUCUCAAGAAAAGCCAGGAAAGGAAGACUGUCUCGACCACAUACCGCAGAGUAACAAGAAUGGGAAGUUUGAUAAACCCCCCUUCAGCUACAACGCACUGAUAAUGAUGGCUAUUAGACAAAAUCCUGAAAAGAGACUCACCCUAAACGGAAUCUAUGAAUUCAUCAUGAGAAACUUCCCCUAUUAUCGGGAGCACAAGCAGGGAUGGCAAAAUUCGAUCAGGCACAAUCUUAGUUUAAACAAAUGCUUUGUGAAAGUGCCGCGGCACUACGACGAUCCAGGUAAGGGAAACUACUGGAUGCUAGACCCUUCAAGUGACGAUGUUUUUAUCGGUGGUACCACAGGGAAGCUGCGGAGGCGCUCCGCUACGUCUAGGGGUAAACUGGUUAUGAAAAGGGGACUCCGCUUUUCCCCACUCGGAAUAGGAUUGAGUGAAAGGGCUUGUAAUCCGUUAUACUGGCAGUUAUCGCCAUUUUUACCUUUACAUCCUUCACAUUUCAAUGAAUCUACACCUCGAUUCCUAAACCAAGGACACGCAUACGGGUCCUUACUCCCAGGAGUUGAACAACUGAGUAACGGCGAACUCCCAGGGUCAGUUUAUGAAGGGUCGAAUCGAAGCCUUAGCCUGACUAAUGGCUAUGUGGUCACUUCAAACGGCCUAUCUGGACACAAUACCUAUUUCAUGUCAAGAACCAAUGCACUCUCCCAGCCUCCACCCCCAAAUGGAAGAUACAGCAUUUCAAGCACCCUGCCAACAAUAUUUUCGAACACAUUAAGAACUUUGCCGUCGUUUACACAAACAGAAUUAUCAGGACUUGUAACGAGCCACAAAAGAGUUACAGCAACGGCUUUUCUGGACUGAAUUGACUAACUCAACAGUAUAAAAGUAAUGACACUUUUUGAGACUGUGGAAGUGGAUGUGUCUCUCCACUUAGGAUAUAUUUCCCUAAAGAGAAUGCAAAUAAUAUGUUAGUAUCAACGAAUUGUACAUGUUUUAAAUAUGUAUUUGUGUACGUUUUAUAUUUAUUUUAUUUAAAUAUGAUUAUAUGUGUCCAUUUGUACUAUUUGUAUUUAUGCAACCUGUCUGUAGACAGACAGGACUAUUUAGAAAAAGUGUAGUCUAUGUUUUGUUUUGUGCAUGUCUGUUGGCAUUUUACCUUGGCGUAAUGGUGUAACCCAUAGGCUACAUGGUUUAUAUAACUGACAUUUAAUUUCCAUAGACCGAGAACUGAAAUGACCCUUUCCUGACUGCCUGCAUCAACGGAAAAACUAUAUGAUCACAUAAUUUAUUAUAUCUAAGCGCUUUUUCUGCAGACAUUAGGCCUAUGCAGUACAGCCAGCUGACGUUGAUUGAAAUAAGACUACGCAGACAGCACUGCAGUUUCUGUGCAAGUUUGUUUUGAGGCAUUAUUAGCCUAUAUUUGGCUUUUAGUCAAACAAAGAUAGCCAAAAAAAAUCCUUAAAAGCUAUUAAAAUCAAAUGAAAAAGAAACGUUUAGUCUUAGAGCCAAAAUAAAAAUCUGUUAUAUUUACAUGGGCCAGCCAUGACAGGCCUACGACCGGCCUACCUCUUGACACUUUUCACGCCCCUUUCCAAACCUGUGUUAAAGUGAAU